CCACAAGUCGCCACUACACAUUACGACGCACACAAACACAAACAACACACACCACACCAACAAGAAACUCGCACACGUCGCGCGAACGCCCACAACCACACCACAGGAACAACACCAACCAGGGACUGCAACACUGCAAGUACAGCACCAACCAAAGCAGCAAGCAAGCAAAGCAAGCAAGGCACCAGUUCCUUUGUCUUCCCCUCUCAACACGCACACACACACACGCACACACACAAUCUCUGUUGCUUUGCUUCCUUUCGUUGAAUCGUUUUUGAGACCCACCACCAUGGAUUAUUUCGGCGAGGCUGGCGUUCGUGCAGGUGCACGCGACACCGCUCGAAAGAACAUGAAGGAAAUGAUUCGCCAAGUGCAUGAGGUGUUCCCCGACACGCCCCGCGACCAUGUCAUUCUGCUGCUCGACAGCUUCCAGCAUAGCGUUGCCGACGUCCUCGACGCUCUCUCGGAUGGCUCCGCCAAGGCGCGCCUGCGCGAGUGGGACAAGGACGCAGCCGCGCAGAAGCAAAAGCAGGCCCGCAAGAAGCAGCAACAGCAGCAGCAGCGGGAGCGCAAGAAGCAGCAGCAAGAGGAGGCGCCCGGCGGCGACAAGAAGAACAAGAAGAAGGGGGUCCAGGGCGACAACGCAGACGCCAACGCGGCCAACGCCGCGUCCUCCGCCGCCAGCACCAAGAAGCGCGACAAGCGCAACCGCCGCAAGCACGAGAUCAAGAAGCUUGACCCCAUCAAGGUUGUGAUUGACGAUCUGCCGACACCGAGCACCGCGCCUGUCGCCGCCACGACUGCAGCCACUCCCGCGACUGGCACCCGCCCCAAUGGCACAGCACAUGCUGGUCCAGAUGCGGGGAUGAAGCGGAUUGACAUCUCGGAGCUGAUGGCCAGCACCCCGGCUGCCGUCCAGCGAACACUCAUGCAGCAGCAGCGCGCGCUGAAUCAGCAGGAUGACGUUGUUGUCUCCACAGCGGAAGUCACGGACGACACCACAAAAGAAGGUGGGGCGCCUGCGCGGAAUGUGCAGGUUGUGCGGCCGCCGCAGGAUGUGCUUGAGACGGAGAUGGUGGACCACCCGGCAGCCGUCAACCUCAAGAACAUCGACGCCGUCCUCGCUCAGAUGGAGGCGGAGAUGAGUGCGCAGUGGGGCGCUGCGCGUGAGGAUGUGCGCCUGUCCUUCCUUCGCCUCGCCCAGUCCAUCACCAUGCGCGAGACUGCCCUCAUGCGCGAAAUUGAGCGCGAGCUCUACCGUGAAGUCCAACUCCUCUCCAAGCGAAAGGCGAUGGUUGAACAGCUGAAGAAGAGCGUGCGCGCAUCGUACGAGGAGACGGGCGCCGUGCCACCAGACACCCUGCUCAAGAUUGAGGAGUUCAAGACCUUUAGCGAGCUUGAUCUGCCGCACUGGCAGCAGCCGCGCUUCUUUGGUGCGCCGGAGUCCAUUGCCCAGCAGCUCCUUUCCUUUGGCGCCCUCUACAACGCCGCAUCAGGCGCGCCCCCACCAGAGACCAUGACUGCGGGUCAGGGCGCCAAGAUCGGCGGCAGCAACAGCACCAAGGCCAAGCAGGAGCCCAUCAAGCUCAACAUGCCCGCAGACCUGCUGCGUGGGCCUGAUCCGUCUGCGGGGAAGAAGAAGCGACGCAGCAGGAACAAGCGGAGGAGCAAGCAGGAGAACGGCGAGGCGGCAACGACAAACGCGGCCACGUCAAGCACCAACAACACCGCCAGCAGCAGCAGCAAGAAGAAGAAGGGUGGAGUAAAGGAGGCAAGUGAGGGCGGCAAGGCAGCGGCGGAUGCUGCAGAUGGAAAGAAGAAGAAGGGACAGGCUGGGGAAGGCAAGAAGGAGGAGAAGAAGCAGAAGAAGAACAAGGGUCAGGAAGAGAAGGACAAGGGUGCAGCUGAGAAGGACAACAAGGCGAAGGCGAAGGCAAAGAAGAAGAACGAGAGCGACAACAGCCAGGCUGACAACACCAAGCAGGAGGACAAGGCAGUCGAGCCAGGUGCUGGUGACAGCAGCGGCGAUGGCGAAGCGAAACCCCAGCGCAAACGCCGCAACAGGAGCCGCAACAGGAACCGAAACAGGAACAAGGGCGAUGCCGGUGAUGCGAGCGCUGAUGGCGAUGGUGCUGGUGAGCCGGCCAAUGGUGGCGGUGACAAGGCAGCCACGCCUGUUGCAGACACCAAGAAGACGGAUGGUGCUGAUGGUGCUGAUGGUGCUGAUAGUGCUGAGAAGACAGGUGUUGAGGCCAAGCCGCAGCGCGCACAGCGGCAGCGGGAGCGCAGGCGCAAUCGCAAGCCAGACACCAACGCGGGCGGUGAGGACGAGGCGGCAGACGUCGUGAAGGAGGAGAAGGAGGACAAGGGGGAAGAAGUGAAGACAGAGGAGAAGGAGGAAGACAAGGGGGAGGAACACGUUAAAGAGGAUGAUGAUGAUAAGCCUAACGAGACACAAGGCAAUGGCGACUCAACGGAGCCAGUUAUCGCCGCAGCUGCCAAUGACACAGACACCAACGUCGACACCAACAACAGCGACACCACCACCAACCAGAACGACACCGGUGCGGCUCCUGUCAGCGAGCCAACCUCCACUACCAACAACAACGACGACGGUGACGGUGGUGGCGAUGCUGAUGGCAAGACUGACACGAGUGCAGAUGCGUCUGCCUCUGCUUCCUCCGAGGACCUCCUGCCCCGCGACAGCAAGACGCUCAACUUCUGACCCGUGACCACCACGUUUCUGCCCACUCGCUUGGUGCUUGGUGGGUGUUGUGUUAUUGUACUGUGGUCCUAUUCCCAUGACACUCUCCUUUGUUUCGUUUCGUGUUGGUCCUCUCCCCUGGUGCCACCUGAGGCUCGAGCGCACCUUUGUCGUUCUCCAAGCUUUUGCCUGUUUCUCGCUCUCUUUUGGCUCGCGUUUUCCCUUGUUUGACUUUGCUGUUCCCUUUUUUGCUUGCUGUUAUCAUCCAGACUGCCGUGUCUUCCACUGCCUUGCCGUUUGUGGCUGAUGUGUGCCCAUGCUCGAGCCCCUCGUGUGUGUGUGUGUGAGUGUGUGUGAGUGUGUAUGCGUGGUUGUUGCUGGCUGUGGGGCCUUGUUAAUGGUUGUGUGGUUUGCUGUUGUUGUUUGUUCUGACGCCCAUCGAACGAGGUUGAAAAUGCCACACGCUGUUGACGCGCCAUGCCAGGGGGAGGCCGCAUUGUGCUGUUGACGUUGCUGUUGCUAUUGCUAUUGCUGUUCGUUGUGGAAGAGAAACACGCAGAGUGAGA